UGUCUGCCUCGGACUGAAUGAGAGUAAACACCUUCUGAGUUCCCUAACAUUUGCAACAUGGCUCUUGCAGAUGCGAUGUUGCCUUCGAUAAAUACCUUUUCAAACAACCACAUUUUAGACGAGAAGCAGUCUGAAAUAGUUCGGGACUGGAAAGUUGAUAUAGCAAAAACUAACCCAAGGGCUGGAGACGUGAGACCCCUUAUUGAGGUGGAGUUCAGCAUUGUCGAAUCUCCACCUUUGGCCAAAGACGAGGAUGAUCUUUCCAAGUUUUUGGAUCUAGAGUUUAUUCUGUCCAACACGGUCACGUCUGACAACGACAACACCUCAGCACCGCCGCCCGCCUAUUCCCUCCCGGAAUCACCGGAGAGCUGCAGCACCGUGUAUGACAGCGAUGGAUGUCACCCGACCCCUAACGCCUACUGUGGCACCAACUUCAACUCACGUCCAGGACACAGUCUGGUAGCCGAACUGUUUACCCCGGACAUGAAUUAUCAGGGCGAAUAUAAUCUGAAAGGACAUUUAGACAGAUUGGAGUACACUGAACUGAGAGCUCUAAACACACGAAACCAACAACACCUGACCAACUCGAAUAACGCGGGAUAUAAAAUUAAAACCGAGAACCAAGAGCAAUCCUGUAUGAUGGUAAACGACUACAUGGGUCAUUAUUACGCACAAGAACCCCAGCGCGUAAUGCAGCAUCAAACGUACGGGCAUCACGUGCAGCAAGAUGUGCCUCGGGACAUUUUAGGAAGGAAAGACUGCAUCCUGACAGAGAUGAACACUCAGCAUCACAUUGACAUCUCGCAUCAACAGCAGUUUAUAAACAAUGCGCAUUUUCCACCUCAGUACGCCCAGCAUCAACAGUACCACGGACAUUUUAAUAUGUUUAGCGAACCACUGCGGGCAAAUCACCCGGCCAUGCCAGGUGUGAUGCUGACUCCACCAUCCUCACCUCUCCUGGGAUUUUUAAGCCCAGAAGACAGCAAGCCAAAACGAGGGCGACGCUCUUGGGCGCGCAAAAGGACCGCGACGCACAGUUGUGAAUUCCCUGGAUGCGGGAAAACGUACACGAAAAGCUCCCAUUUGAAAGCGCACAUGCGGACGCACACAGGUGAGAAGCCCUACCACUGCAGUUGGGAAGGUUGUGGCUGGAAGUUCGCCAGGUCAGACGAACUGACGCGUCACUACAGGAAACACACCGGACACAGGCCAUUUCAGUGCCACCUGUGCGAGAGGGCUUUCUCCCGCUCAGAUCACCUGGCUCUGCACAUGAAGAGGCACAUGUAAACAUAAAGAGAGAGACUAUAUCUAUUUUAAGCAACAAGAGGAUUUAUAUCGACGAGACAACUCCUAUUUUGGGACAGCAGUUAUAUGUGAAUAGCGGUAAAAUGUCAUUUGAUUUAAAUUAUGACAGUAUUUAAUUGAAGGAGAUUCUUGUUCAUUUAGAAGGUAAAUUAUGUAGUACUUUUUCAGAUGUAUAAAAACGGGGCAGGACCCAUACUUUUGUAUAUAUGUUUUUUUUUUUUUGUAUUCCCAUUUAUACAUUUGUAUCAAGUCAGGGAGUAUUUUUCAUGAAUUUUCAGAAUAAUUAAAAGCCUUGCUUUUUUGUA